UAUGGCUCUCGCUGACAUACUGACAGAAGAGCCUUCUGGAUUGUAAACUGCCUGCUGAAGGUCGGGUCUGGUACAGUGGAACUUGAGCCUCUGUGCUUGCCAUACCACGGAAAUGCCAUCCUACUUCCUCUGGACUUAACUACCGUGUCCACUGAACAUAAAGGCAGUCCAGCCUUUGGACUGCUAUCUGUCAACAAGAGCUAGAAGGGACUGGACCCUCCACUCUGAGAUUCUAUGGUCCUAACCUCAGAAAUGAGCAAACAAACAGAACUGAAAGAAGUAGCAGGGAUUCUCCUGCAGGCAGCAACUGUGGACAACUGGAGCCAGAUCCAGACUUUUGAGGCCAAGCCAGAUGACCUCCUCAUCUGUACCUACCCUAAAUCAGGGACAACAUGGAUUCAGGAAAUUGUGGACAUGAUUCAGCAGAAUGGGGACGAGGAGAAGUGCCAGCGAUCCAUCAUUCAACAUCGGCACCCUUUCAUUGAGUGGGCCCAGCCACCCCAGCCAUCAGGUGUGGAAAAAGCCGACGCAAUGCCAGCCCCACGGACACUAAGGACCCACCUUCCCACUCAGCUGCUGCCACCAUCUUUCUGGGAAAAGAACUGUAAGUUCCUUUAUGUAGCUCGAAAUGCCAAAGACUGCAUGGUUUCCUACUACCACUUCCACAGGAUGAGUCAGGUGCUACCUGAUCCUGGUACCUGGGAUGAGUAUUUUGAAACUUUCAUCAAUGGAAAAGUGAGUUGGGGGUCCUGGUUUGACCAUGUGAAAGGAUGGUGGGAAAUGAGAGACAGAUACCAGAUUCUCUUCCUCUUCUAUGAGGACAUAAAGAGGAACCCAAAGCAUGAAAUCCAAAAGGUGAUGCAGUUCAUGGGAAAGAACUUGGAUGAAGUAGUGCUGGAUAAAAUUGUCCAGGAGACGUCAUUCGAAAAAAUGAAAGAGAAUCCUAUGACAAAUCGUUCUACGGUUCCCAAAUCUAUCUUGGACCAGUCCAUUUCUCCCUUCAUGAGAAAAGGAAUUGUGGGCGAUUGGAAAAAUCACUUCACUGUGGCUCAGAAUGAGAGAUUUGAUGAAAUCUACAAGGAAAAAAUGAAAGGAACCUCUAUAAACUUCUGCAUGGAACUCUGAUCAGGAUGUAUAUAAAAUGAGGCACUAAGAACACGGAAGCUGUCUUCAGUUGUCAGCCCAGCCAAAACAAACUCAGAAAGCACCUUGUAAAUGUCAGUGACUGUGAUACAAACUUUGUGAUUAUUAACACUGAUACAACUUUGUAAAAGUUGAUUAUAUGUAAUACUUAUUUUCUCUACUAUUCUUUACAAAGUAGUAAGGCAGUUUAAUAAAAUAAGUAAAAUGUAAGAUUUAAAUACUACAAAGGUUUUUGAGUGCCCAUCCUUCUGGAACGUGUAGAUUCUUAUUCUGUAAUAUACUACCUUCAGUACAAGGCAAGCAUGUUUCACAUCACAAAUUCUCAACUUUUUUCCCUUUUAGUCCCAAAUAGUGACAUUUGAAGCUGAGAGCAGUAGGAGCAGUUUCCUGUGGGAGCAGAAACCCAGGGUGCCUUGCACCAGCUCGAACUCUGACUGCUUUUCAUCACUGCUGUAUUCAAACCUACAUUAUCUUCACGUGCAAAGACUUGGUCCACGGUGUGGUGCUAUUGGAAUGUGGUAGAAGUUAGGUAAUUGGGCCAUGUCCUUAAAGGGCUAGGGGACCCCAACUGCUUCUUCCUCCACGUGCUCCCAGCAUGAUGUGCUAUUUGACCACUGACUAGAAAUUCCAAAACCAUGACCAAAAUGAGCCAUUUCUCUUCGUAAGUUGAUUUAUCUCAGGUUAGAAUGAGAGAAAGCUGGCAAACAUAGUCAUCAUGAACUGGUAAUGGAAUACUUUUCUCUGGGGGAAAAAAAGACUUGAAUUUAUCUAACCUAUAAGUAAUUGUUUGGUUACUAACUAUAUAUGCAUAGGUUCAAAAUUGGCACCUCUUAUUUUCUAAAAAAGGUUUAUGUCACAACUGGAUUGUAACUUCUUAUUGCUUGUUUCUAUGUCUUAUUCCAUUUGUAAUGAAGUUAUUAAGAGAUUUUCUAGGCAUGGAGUCCACCCCUGUAAUUCCAAACCAAACAGAACUAGACAUACCCACUUCCUUUCAAGGUUAAGUUCAUAACAGUUCAGAAUCACUCCAGCUAAUCUCAGGAACAACCUGUGUCUCCAACUGUAUAGUCAUUGCAUAUCCCUGUGUUUAACAACAGAUUCAGGAUAAACCAUGGAAGCUCAGUAGUUACAAACUCAAGUUUCUUCAAUUCUGACUUUGUCUACUUGGCAUUUUCAUUUAUAUUAAGAAUUUAAAACAUCAAUAUUUGAAAGAGAUAAAUUGCAAAGCAUACUAUAUUACUUUAGUAUGUGCAAAGUUGUAUUCAUACUUGUCCUAGUUUGUUCCUUCAUUGCUAUGACAAAAUACUCUGACCAAUACCAAUUUGGGGAGGAAAGCAUUUAUU